AUGCGGCCGUCGCAGUCCGCCGACCUGAUGGUGUUCUGGGCGUUCUCCGCGUUCGCCUCCGCCGCCCUGGGCGUCCUGGAGCUGGUGGGCCAGGCGCGGGCCCUGUCCGCCGUGGAGGCGCUGUGCUCGCUGGCGCAGUGCGGCAGCCUGGCGGUCCUGACGGCGUGGAUCGUCAGGGGGCAGAUGCUGGUGUGCGCGGCGGCCGUGGCGUACGUCCUGUCCUGCGUGGCCCUGCUGAACUGCCCCGUGGUGGGCUAUCGCCUGGCCGUGGGCCUGCUGCUGGCGCUGGUGGUCUGCACGUUCCACCUCGUGGCCGCGAUCGGGCAGUUCACCAACGGGGGGUGGAUUGUGGGCGGCGGGGGCGAGGCGCUCGAGGUGGAGCGCGGGGAGGUCGUCUUCGGCCUGUGCUGGUGCCUGACGGUCGUCUUCGUGCUCAUGGUGCUGCUCCUGUGCGCGGACCACGCCCAGCACGUCGCCUCCAACCUGACCGCGCACCCAAGGUACUUGAGCCAAGCUACAAUGGCACAGAUUGAGGCGCAGAGACCCCGAAAGCACAGGUCGAGGGGCAACCGAGACGCACGAACGAUGAAAUCCUGGCACAGCGCCAGGAGGGACCUGUAUCCAAUUCUGGAGGCAGACGAAGAGGAAGCAGCAGAGGAACAAUGUGGGUCCGGAGACCUGCCGGACGUCUGGAAGGGAUUUGAGGGGAGCACUUGUAGGAUUUGA